GCACGCGCACAUUGCUUUCGCAAUUUCCCGCGCUGCCGCUGCAUUCCCGUUAUCUUUCCCGUUAUCUUCUCCCGUUAUUAUUGUCGUUCCCGUUAUCCCGCCCUGCCCCGGAGCGGGUUCCCGUCCCUGGGGAGCGGCGCGGGGCCGCGGCCAGGCGGAAGCGCGGCGGGCGGGGGCGUGGCCGUGCCUCUGACCCGCGCCCACGUGCUCGGCGGCGCACGCGGAGCCGCCACCAUGGAGCAGCCCAGCCCCUCUGCAGACAGCGAGGAGCUCUCAGAGAGUGAGGAGAGCGUUUAUUCCGGCCUGGAGGAUUCGGGGAGCGACAGCGAAUCCUCCGGGAACGACGAGGAGGAGGAGCAGGAGGAGGAGGAGGAGGAGGAAGAAGAAGAAGAAGCCCCCGGAAGCCCCUCGGCUCCCCAGACACAGGCCAAGGGGGCUCCCGGGAAGAGGAAAACCUUGGAGGACGAUUCCCCGUUGGAAGGGAAGCAGGACUUGGUUGUGCACGAUGAGUACGAGGAGGACAGCUCGGACGAGGAGGACAUCCGGAACACGGUGGGGAACAUUCCCAUGGAAUGGUACCAGGAUUUCCCGCACAUCGGGUACGACCUGGACGGGAAGAGGAUCUACAAACCCCUGCGGAGCAAGGACGAGCUGGACCUCUUCCUGGAGAAGAUGGAAAACCCGGAAUACUGGCGCACGGUGCAGGACCGGCAGACGGGGGCGGAGGUGGCUCUGUCGGAGGAGCAGCUGGAGCUGGUGCAGCGCCUGCAGCGGGGACACUUCGGGGACGUCAACUUCGACCCCUACGAGCCGUCCGUGGAUUUCUUCAGCCACGAGGUGCGGAUCCACCCGGUGACCAACCGGCCUGCAGACAAGCGGAGCUUCAUCCCUUCCCUGGUGGAGAAGGAGAAGGUCUCCAAGCUGGUCCACGCCAUCAAGAUGGGCUGGAUCCAGCCCCGGAAGCCCAAGGAGAACGUUCCCACGUUCUACGACCUGUGGGCGCGGGAGGAUCCCAACUCGGUGCUGGGCCGGCACAAGAUGCACGUCCCCGCUCCCAAAAUGCCGCUGCCCGGCCACGCGGAGUCCUACAACCCGCCCCCGGAAUUCCUGCUCAGCCCCGAGGAGGAGCUGGCCUGGCGGCAGCAGGAGCCGUCGGAGCGGCGCCUGAGCUUCGUGCCGCGGCGCUUCCCGAGCCUGCGCGCCGUGCCCGCCUACCCGCGCUUCAUCCACGAGCGCUUCGAGCGCUGCCUCGACCUCUACCUCUGCCCCCGCCAGCGCAGGAUGCGGGUCAACGUGGAUCCUGAGGAUCUCAUUCCCAAACUGCCCAGGCCGAGGGAUCUGCAGCCCUUCCCCACCACCCAGGCCCUGAUCUACCGCGGCCACUCCAGCCUGGUGCGGACCCUGAGCGUCUCCCCCAGCGGGCAGUGGUUGGCGUCAGGCUCCGACGACGGCACGGUGCGGUUCUGGGAGGUGAGCACGGCGCGCUGCCUGCGCACGCUGCCCCUCGGCGCCGUCGUCAAGAGCGUGGCCUGGAACCCCAACCCCGGCGUCUGCCUGGUGGCCGUGGCCGUGGACGAGCAGGUGCUCCUGGUGAACCCGGGCCUCGGGGACCGGCUGCUGGUGGCAGCCACGGACCAGCUCCUGGAUUCCUGGGAAGCGCCGGAGGAGGAGCGGGUCCAGCCGGUGCGCUGGGUGCCGGCCGGCCCCGAGGAGCGCGGGAAGGGGAUCCGCCUGCUGGUGCAGCACGGCAAGCCGGUGAUGCAGGUGACGUGGCACGGCAAGGGCGAUUACUGGGCCUCGGUGGUGCGGAACCCCGGCAGCCGGCAGGUGCUGAUCCACCAGAGCAGCCGGCGCUGGAGCCAGGAUCCCUUCCGGAAGAGCCCGGGGAUGAUCCAGUGCGUGCAGUUCCACCCGCUCCGGCCCUACUUCCUGGUGGCUUCCCAGCGCUCCGUGCGCAUCUACAACCUGCUGCGCCAGGAGCUCACCAAGAAACUCCAGAGCAACUGCCAGUGGAUCUCCAGCAUGGCCGUGCACCCCGGAGGGGACAACGUGAUCUGCGGGAGCUACGACAGCAAGCUGGCCUGGUUUGACCUGGACCUGUCCACGCGGCCCUACCGGCUGCUGCGGCACCACGGCCGCGCCGUGCGCUCGGUAGCGUUCCACCGGCGCUACCCGCUCUUCGCCUCCGGCUCCGACGACGGCUCCGUCAUCGUCUGCCACGGCAUGGUCUACAAUGACCUGCUGCAGAACGCGCUGCUGGUGCCGCUCAAGGUGCUCAAGGGCCACGCGCCCGCCCUGGACCUCGGCGUGCUCGACGUCGCCUUCCACCCCCAGCAGCCCUGGCUCUUCUCCUCGGGCGCCGACGGCACCGUGCGCCUCUACACCUGACCCGGGAUCCGCCCCGGGAUCCACCGGGAUCCGCCCCGGGAUCCACCGGGAUCCAUCCCGGGAUCCAUCCUGGGAUCCACCCUGGGAUCCAUCCUGGGAUCCACACCGGGAUCCAUCCCGGGAUCCACACCCAGAACCUGACCCGGGAUCCACACCGGGAUCCACACUGAUAUCCACACCCGGAUCCACCCCCAGCAGCCCUGGCUCUUCUCCUCGGGCGCCGACGGCACCGUGCGCCUCUACACCUGACCCGGAUUCACCCCGGGAUCCACUGGGAUCCACCUUGGGAUCCCCAGCUCUUCUCCUCCGGUGUCGAUGGCCUACACCUGACCAGACCUGCCCAAAAGGAUCCAACGGGAUCCAACAGGAUCCACAGGGAUCCUCAGCUUUUCUCCAAGGGCACAGUGCACCUCUACACCUGACCUGCCCAACGGGAUCCAGUGGGAUCCACCCCGGGAUUCCUGGCUCUUCUCCAAGGGCACUGUGUGACUCUACACCUGAAAUUCCCAACGGGAUCCAGCAGGAUCCGCCACCUUUGGAAUUGCCAGUGCUCAAUAAAGGCUUUUUUUGGAUACGA